CUUUGUGGAAGAGGAAGUUCUAGUGAAUAGUGUUCGUAAUUUGCCGGUGUGGUGUUCCCAUUUACACUAGUUUUCACCUUUUUUUCAAUGUGCAGGCUCUCCACAGAGACCUAAACAUUUUCUACUUUUUAUAAGCUCAAGUCUGAGAAGCAGUGCUGAGCAAAUCUUCCUAACCCACAGCGCAUCACAAUCCCCUUUGAAUGAUGUAAAGGCAUCAACUCUGCAGUGCGCCUUUGCAGUACAUCCUACAGCAGGAGGAGGCUGAAGUGAUUGCUGCCCUCGGAGGACUGCUGAAAGAGAGGGGAGUCCACCCACUGUGGCCCCAGAAGGUUCCCAUGCACCAUGUCGCACAUCUGGCUUCGAGAAUUUGUUAAUCGUCGCCCAGUGAUUCCACCAAGUGUAUUCAUUAAUCAUCAAGGAAAGGACCUCCGAGGCUAUUACCAUGGGCAGCUGGCAAGACUCCAUGUUGAUUACAGUGUGAAGACACCUCCCAGACCACUCUUAGACUCCGCCAUUUCAGCCAAAAGAGAAACUUCGGAUCAACCUCAGUUAGACCAGCAGACUCUCAUUCAAUACAUUUGUUUUCGAAGACAUUCAAAGCCUGCUGAGCCGUGGUAUAAGGAAACCACCUACCAAAGAGACUACUCACUACCGUUUUACAAGAUCGAUGGAAACCACAAAUUGGUCACAAUAUCAUCAAAUCCUGGGCCACUUAAUUCAUUGCCAGAGCUCUACCGUUGUGAAGAGAGGAAGCUUUGGAAAAAAUGCUUUUAAACUAAAAUAACCACGGCAUUCCCACAAAAUAAAUGUUGGCAUUCCUAAUUCCA